CGCCCCGGGGCCGGCCGGUGGCGAGGGGCGGAGGUUCCGCGGCGGCGGCGCCGGGCGCGCUGCAGGGGCAGCCCGGCCGCCGCGGGGCCGCCAUGCCCGCCAAGUCCAAGUACAACCUGGUGGACGACCGGCAUGACCUCCGCAUCCCCCUGCACAACGAGGACGCCUUCCAGCACGGCAUCUGCUUCGAGGCCAAGUACAUCGGGAGCCUGGAUGUGCCGCGGCCAAACAGCCGGGUGGAGAUUGUGACGGCCAUGCGGCGGAUCAGGUAUGAGUUUAAAGCCAAGAAUAUCAAGAAGAAGAAAGUGAGUCUCAUUGUGUCGGUGGAUGGCGUGAAGGUCAUUCUGAAGAAGAAGAAGAAGCUUCUUUCAUUGCAGAAAAAAGAAUGGGCCUGGGAUGAGAACAAAAUGCUCGUCAUGCACGAUCCCAUCUACAGGAUAUUCUAUGUGUCUCAUGACUCCCAGGACCUAAAGAUCUUCAGCUACAUUGCCAGGGAUGGGUCUAGCAAUGUCUUCAGGUGCAAUGUCUUCAAAUCCAAGAAGAAGAGCCAAGCCAUGCGUAUCGUCCGGACGGUGGGACAGGCAUUUGAGGUCUGCCACAAGCUGAGCCUGCAGCACACCCAGCAAAAUGCAGAUGGGCAGGAGGACGGAGACAGUGAGAGGAAUGGGGAUGAUCUGGAUGUCCCAGCCUGCCGCCUCACCAGCGUGGAGAGGGCAGCCGCCUCAGCAGAGGAGACGGACAUUGAUGCCGUGGAGCUGCCGCUGCCUGGAGCCGACAUCCUCGACUUCAGCCGCGGCGUGACUGACCUCGACGCUGUGGGCAAGGAGGCGACCGCCUAUGCCGACGCCAAGAGCUGCCUCCACCCUGAAGAUAUCUUGACGGCGUCGCCCAAAAUGCUGCUGCCCUCGUCCGCCCAGCUGCCUGACCUGGGAACACCCCUCUCUGCCCACCACCAAAUGCAGCUCCUCCAGCAGCUCCUGCAGCAGCAGCAGCAGCAGACACAAGUAGCCGUGGCACAGGUCCACUUGCUGAAGGACCAGCUGGCUGCGGAGGCAGCAGCGCGGCUGGAGGCCCAGGCUCGUGUGCACCAGCUCCUGCUCCAGAACAAGGACUUGCUGCAGCACAUCUCGCUCCUGGUCAAACAGGUGCAGGAGCUGGAGCUGAAGCUGGCGGGGAACACCACCACGGGCUCCCAGGACAGUCUGCUGGAGAUCACCUUCCGCUCCAACGUCCUCCCCGUCCUCUGCGACCCGACCACCCCGCAGCCCGAGGACACCCACCCGCCACCGCUGGGCUCUGGCUCAGGCUUCCCCAGCACCCUGGGCAGCCCCAUAGGUAGGAACGACUGUCUGGUGAAGCUGGAGUGCUACCGCUUUCUGCCAGGCUCGGGGCCACCCGCCCCGGAGCCAGCACUGGGCAGCCUGGAGCUCAUCAAGUUCCGCGAGUCGGGCAUCGCCUCCGAGUAUGAGUCCAACACGGACGAGAGCGAGGAGCGCGACUCCUGGUCCCAGGAGGAACCGCCGCACCUGCUCCAUGUCCAGCCCAGGCAGGACCUGGGUGACAGCCUGGAGGAUGAGAUCGCGGUGUAGGGGUCAGCAGGAGGUGGUGCAGAGCAGCCGGGCCCUGCCGGAGCUGGGGUGGACCCUGGCCGUAGCCCCCUGGCCCUGGCAGGGAUGGGACAGCCCAGAGGGAGAGAGGGCAGAGAAGGGAGCGCGAUUCUUCCAGCCCGCGGCCGGGAGGUGUGCGGAGGUGAGGAUGCAGCCGUGCCGAGGGGGUGCGCUGGGUGUGCUGCGCUCUGGCGUGCAUGGGCUUGUGUGCUGAGCUGGAGUGUCCCCGCUUCGCAUCGGACAGUGAGCUGACAGCCGCUUGUGCUACCCCUUGGUCCCUGAGCUCCACAAGAUGCCUUUCAAGGUUGGGCAGAAACAAGGGGCUCCCUGCUGGAUUAGCCACUGCUGCUGGUGGGGCAGCAGUAAAGCAGGUGGAGGUUUUCGCUGGGAGAAUGAGAGAGCAGGCAUGGGGCAGUGAGCAGGGACAAGAGGGACCAAGGAGGCAGCGUCAGGGCAGUGGGCAGGGACAGAGCUGCUGGUGGGUGGUCUGGCUCUCUGCGUGGCGGAGAGGGUGGGGGACGAGGCCAGGGCCAUGCUAGCGGGGUGGUUGGGGUUGGUGAUGGUGCGCUGUCAGCGAGGGCAUGUGAGAGGUGAAGCAGCGGGAGAUGAGCCUGGGAAGGAGCUGGAAGGAUGGGAUGAGGUGAGGUUGUGCAGGGUGGCCGGGCACAAGCAGCUCCUGGCAAGGUGAUGGUGUCUGUGGCGCUUCCAGGACAGGGUUUGUCCCAGCCUAAGGCAGAGGGAGGUCACACAGGCACUGCCCACUUCUCUCCCAGGCUGCGGAGCAGAGAGGAAGGCAUGGCUUGGUGCGGAGCAGGGAGCCAGGGCAGACAGCACGGGGCUGUGGAGUGUCCUUUCCCUCAUUGUCCAGUCCUUGGGCUCCUUGGUAUGGCUGCGAGGUUUCAAAGCCUUUCUGGUGCUCUCAAGUCAUGUUUUCAAGCACUUCCCUGCACCCCCCAUCACCACAGGCUCCCUGCUUUGCUUUGUAGAAACCCCUCUCAUUUCCCAGCACUUGUUUGCUCCCAGACCAGGGCUGGGGGAUGCAGUGCUGGUGUCGACCUUGUGCAGGGAUGGGCACAUUUGCCACCCCUUGAUGGGGAGCAAACUGCUUCUUCUGCAGUGGGGCUCCUUCCUGCCUCUGGUUUGUACCCUCCAGAAAAGUGAAUCCAAGACCUCAGAAUCCCCCACCAGAACCCAAGGUAACCAUGGCUGAGAGCCGCCUGGAGAUCAUCCCAACCUCCAAGGGAUCCAGAGCUUGUUUCUUUUCUACAAACACAUUUAUUAGCUGCCUGUUGCUGCAGCCUGUAAGAGGCCACAGCUGAAGGGGUGUGAACCAGUCCUAAUGUCCCCCCUGCUCCCUGUGGAAACACUCGAUGAGGUGGGAAUUGGCACCGUUACCUUCCUCCCCAUACACCCUUCUAUCCUGCUUCUGCUUUGCUUUGUUGCUUCCCUGCUGCUCUUGCCUUUGCCAGCUCUGUCUCUGCUAGAUCUGCCUGCAACUAACCCCUAGCUGAGGAUCUCCCAGACAUGAACUCUUGCUCUCCUCCAGGGCUUAGCCCAGCUGCUGAGGAAGGUCCAUCACUUCUUUCUGCCCUUUGGAACUGAGAGCUGCUGAGGAGUGAGGUGUGGGUGAGACCCUCGGGGUCGGUACGGGCUGUGCUAUGCACCCUCUGCUGCAGGAGGCUGGGUGCUGUGAGGAGUAGAGUCCUAGUGGGAGGGAUGGAUGUGUUUCGGUGUCCCUAGCAGUGGCCUGGUGUCCAGGGGAGCCCCCUGCACUGGCCAUGGAGGAGGCAGAGUGGGAGUGGGUGCUGUUUGGGACACGGGUGCUCCUGUCCUCUGGCCACCAAUACCUCCAUAUGUCCUGUCCCACCCUGCUGUGUGCCAGCCCCUCUGCUGGGGACCCCGACACCCCACUGCCAGCUCACAGUGGUUGGAGGUGAAAGCAUGGGGUGGGAAGCUGGUCUCCCCAGAGGGAAGAGGCGGGGAUGACAGCAUGCACAGGACGUGGUGCAGGCAGCGUAGGGAUGUGUGGGUGAGCUCAGAGCGCGACUUCCAUGUGGGCAGACAGAUCGCGCAGGAGAGGGGACUGCAGGAGCUUGGCCCUAUGCACAGGGCAGGUGAAGGGAAAGCCUGGGAGGAGCAGCAGCAGGCAAGAGCUCUCUUCCAGGCUGUGCUGUCUCAGAAAGCAGCUAGGGCUGAGCCAUCUCCCCACACCACUGCUCCUGCCCGUCCCUGCCACACAUGCCCAGCCCAGGCUGUGCCCCACAAGGAGCUGUCGGGACCAGCCGCGGGCUCAGGCUGCUGCCCAGCGCUCUGCCCGCAGGGGACGGUGGUGGGUGCCCCACAGGCUGAGGGUGCUGCUGGAGCUGGAUGGGACCCUGCCAGCGUCCCGCUGCACCACAAGUGUACAUGUGUAAAUGAUCCUUCUCCUCAGUCAGCGCUGCCUCCAAAAUGCCUCUCUAGCCUCUCACUUUUGUUAUGGGCCUUGACUGGGGAUUUAUAGCUAUAUUUUUUUGUCCUUUCUUUUCCUACAACUGUUGUGUUACUAACUGUUGACUCAAUCUUAUCUGGGAAACCAAUCUGUCAAUGUAAGUGCACUUAACCCUUGGGUGUUGUCAUUAGUCGACUGGCUUUUGCUAAAUAAAUCUUUCUAUUUCUCAAGGCUUUCUGUUGUCUCUUCCUUCUCACUGACUCUCUUUCUGUACUUCUCUCCCCCUCCACGCUGGGAGUCAGCACCGGCUGUGGCAUCCCUUGCACAGACCCCUCCAACCUAAGCACCCUCCCCAGUGGGACCCUCGUUUGUGCCCACCAGAGCGAGGUGCCUGAACAUUGCUGGGAGUAGCGGGGGGUUCAGCCUUCCCCUUCCGCCACUGCACAGCCCAGGCUCGUCUCAGGGCUGACCCCACAGCUCAUGGGUGUCGGGGCACCCCCAGCAUCAGCAGAGCUCCCUGCAGAGAUGCUAAGCGGCGCUUUCAGGGGCUCGUGCGAUUUUUGGCCGCUGGGGAAGGAGAAGUCAGGAAGAGCCUCUUAAAGGAUGGCGGAAAUGUUGUGCAGGCAAGAGCAGCAGGCAGACGGGGCUGGCUGCUCCUAAAACGAUUUAUUCCGGCGCCGGCAGGAGCAAUGGAGCAGUGCCCUCCCGCGGCGGCUGCACCGCUGGCUGGGCUGCACCGCUGCCUUGGGAGCUGCAGCCUCCUGCGCCUUGCAGGGCCUUGAGCUUGCGGUAGUACACCUUGCAGCUGUAGCCCUCCUGGGAGCUGUGCUGGAUGUGG